AUGGGAAGUCUGUGGANUCAAAAAUACCUGGCGUCCGCCGAGCGGUCAGCGCUGGCCAAGACUCUGAGCAUGACAGACGCACAGGUGAAAACUUGGUUCCAAAACAGGAGAACAAAAUGGAGGUAG